UGCAGCAUAACACGUAGCAGGGUAACACCAUAUAAAAAAGAGUCAAAGAAAACCGUAAGAUGGCAAAUUUCUUGAGCUUGAUUAAAGUGUGUGUCUUGAUAUCAGUGACAGCAACUCAAGUCGGUUUUUCUCUCGGUCGUGACGUCAUCUUUGCGGCACACUAUUCUGGCAUUUAUAUUUCGGAUAUCGAUCACUCUAAUCCUUCUGAUCUUAAUUUGACGAAAAUUCAGAUCGAACCUAUGGUGGAACCAGGCCAACUUGCCUACAAUCCAUCUACUUCAACUAUUUAUUUCACGAACAGAGAUGAAAUGAUUAAUAAAUAUUCUCUGAAAAAUAAAAGUUUGGAAACAUUCAUUUCUAGAGAAACAGAUACCAGAUAUGAAGCAAUUGCUAUUGAUGUCACUAAACAGAGACUCUAUUUUGGAAGCCUGAACAGCGACGUUUACCAAAUUGAGGUCAUUAACUUAGAUGGCACCGACAGAAUAACACUUAUUCCUAAUAUUGCAGGUCUUGUUAGAGGAAUACAAAUAGAUGCAGUAAACGGUUAUUUGUACUGGAGUACAUCCGCCAACAAUAACAUACCUGCGGCCAUUAGUCGAGUAAGAUUGGAUAAUUUAGUUAGCAAAGAUAUACUUAUAAAUACUAGCCUUUCUGUCACAAGAUUGGAAUUAGAUGUUGAAGGUAAGCUAAUGCGAAAUAUCAAUAAUAUAUGA